UGAAAAUAGUCUUCCAUCAUAUCAUAUUAACUAGUUAACCAAGGUUCCUUGUAUCCUAAAAUGGCACAAAAACUCAUUCUCACAUCACUAGUCAUUUUCCUCUCGCUCCUCUUAGAGACCUCUUUGGCCAAAAACAACUCUCAAACAAUGACGUACAUAGAGUCCUCUUGCCAUGGUACCCUCUAUCCUAAUCUAUGCAUUCGUUGCCUUAACAAAUUUUCCAAUUCAACCAUUAAUGGGCCUCAACAUUUAGCCCAUAUUGCCUUAUCGGUGAGCCUCUCUAAAGCCCUACAAACAAGAGGAUACCUUUUAAAAGUGACAAAGGAACUUCAAACAAUUAAUCAUAACAACAAAAGGAUGUACCUAACCGUGCAAGAUUGUGUGAAUCAAAUCAACGAUAGUGUUGAUCAACUUAGUCAAGCCAUCAAAGAAUUAAAAAGGUUGAACCAAUCUAGCACCAUCAUUAGUGAUAAAGUGUUGUGGCAUAUAAGUAAUGUUGAGACAUGGGUGAGCACUGCCUUAACCGAUGCAAGUAGUUGUGUUCAAUCAUUACCAGGUCAUAGGAUGAGUAAAAGGGUAGCGAUGAUUAAGGUUAAGGCGAAGAAUGUUGCUGAAGUUACUAGUAAUGCACUUGCUUUGUUCCAUAGUUAUGCUUCUAGGUACCGACAACAAGCAGCUAGAACUACCAAGAAGCCUUGAAAAGCUAAAAAAUGUUUAUUUUAUCGCCCUUUGUUUGUUCAUGUAUAUAUACUAUGUAUGUACAUGUUUUUUCUUUGGGUGGUUUUAUUUUUUAAUCACGUGUAAUGUGUAUGUAUUAAAUUUUUAGUGUUAUUAAUGUUUUAAAAGAA